GGCGCUUCCUGCGUUCAAGUGCGUCUCGUCUCUUGGCCUUGUCCCUGUUUUGGGCGCUUUUCACAGGUAAUAGGGGCGCUGUUGGCACCAACCUUCUUCGCUGCUGCUUCUGCCCGUUCAUCCCGACGAACACGAGCCUUCGAGACACACCCAUACCCACGACCACACCCACACAACACACACAACACACACAACCCACACAGCGAGUAUCUGCCACAACCCCCGCGGUGCCCCCAUCUGCUUUGCCCGCUGCCCGGCGUAAUCCGGUGACGAUUUGGUCGAUCUUUCUCUUUUCGCCCUCUCGACGAAGUCCCCAAACCCCGUAUCCAUACAGACUCGGAUUACAACUCGCCGACCCCCAGCACUGAUAUAGACAGCCCCGCCAAGUUUGGCGACUCUUACGACAGCGACGAGUUCUUGGAGCACCACUCUUCACCAUCUUCUCUCAGUCUUAGUAGAAGCUGGUCCAGGCCAAGUAGGCGUGAUAAAAUUCCAGAGGAAGACGAGGAAAACGAGGGCGAUAUCCGCGCCUCCAACCCAGUUCGCUCUCGCACUUCCAGCCCGGUUUUGCCCAAAUUUGGCUCGUCCCUCCCACCCAGUCGACGCGGCUCGCAAGACCAUUUCAAACAAGCUCAAUUUCAUUCUGUACCUCAGAGUAUGGCAGGUAACAGGGAAAAUACUGAUCACCUCGCUGCCCCUUCUCCGCCCCUAAGCAUUCGCGGGUCGAGGAGCGGGACAUCUCCUUCAUCCCGCCCUCCCAAGCUGAAUGCCCUCUCUCCCCUUCAGGCAUUCUCGCCUCUUCAGUCGAUGAAGACACCUAUGCAUGUAUCGGACACGGCUGGUACAGGUUCCUUGACUAGGUCAAGGUCAUCCUCAUCAGUGACCAGAAGUUUGAGCAGGAGGGAGAGUAUGGUUGAGAACGCUCAGCGUUGGAGAAGUGGCCUAGAUGCAGACGAUGAUGGAAAGGGUUUGUUUUCGAGGUUGACUUUGGUCAAGGCUCCCCGCAAGAAGGAUGAUGUCAGGAGACACAGCCGUUCCAAGUCGUCUUCUUCCCUCGCCCCAUUCAACUCGUUCUCUUCAUCCUUCGACGCUCCCGCCACAUCUGCCAGUGGUCCCCGUCGUUCUUUCGCCGCAUCCUCCUUUGGCGCCGUGCCCCCCUCCGUCCCAUCCAUCAAUUUGCCCAGCAACAACAUCGAACCUUCCAACGACACUCUCCACCGAGUGCACUCUCAUGGCGAUGCGGGUUCCGUUGGGAUUCAACGCAAGGUGCUCUCCCCCGACGAGGUGCUCGACAUGGCUCGAAGUUUCCAGUCGCCUAUGCUCGCCCCUGAAGGUAGCUUUGGCAAUUCGCAAUCCCAGGCCAGCUCAUUGAAGAGGCGAAAAUCUGCCGGAUCGAUAUUUGAACGCUCGCCCGAACCUCCUGUGACUGCAGAGCUCGAGCCAGUCGAGUAUGUCCAGAUGGAGGAUGACGUUCUUCUUCCUUUCGUGGACCGAUGUGCUGAAGUCCGCGAUCUCAUGUCCCACCAAUCCAAUACCAAACUCUUCGCCCUUCUCCGCGCGGCAUUCCCUAAAGACCCCGCCCGUGAAACCUGGAAGAAGAUCUCCCCUGAAGAAUGGAACUGGGAAGAGUUUGUCAAGCACUUGACAGAAGUGGAUAGGGAUGAACUGGAUGAUUAUGACUGGGUGUACAAGGAUAGACAGGCAGUAAGGAAUAGGAGCGUGGCGUUGUGGGAGAAGUUGGGAGUCUGCCUUGGAUGUGACGAGGAUCUUCUCAACGCGGGUAGUGAGGACGAUUCUCCUUCAUCCUGGGCUGGCCUCGGGCUCGGGGAUGAGGGCGAUUACGACCCCGCGAUGAACCAUGUGUUUAUUGCCGGUAUCGAGCCUGUCGACCAAGAGGAACAGGCCCGCGCCGAGCGUCAGUUCAUGGAUGAAUUUGGGGACAUCGUGGAGGAUGAGAAUGAGCAAGCUGCAGCUGGUAUGACUGCUCUUCUUGGUUCGCCGAUGGCUACCAUCGGCGAGGAAACUCCAUCCUUUUCCUCUGGCAAGCCAUCCCGCCAAGAAACCGCGAGCAAGCCCACCCCAGCUCAACGAGCCGGGAAUCGCGCCAACAUUGACCCUAUGCUCUCUUCGAGUGUAGAAGACUCGCCUCCUCGUACCGCUCGAUUCGCCGCCGAAGCUCACCGCCCUUCCCAGUCUCACUCUAUCAACACCAACAAAAACCAGCUCGAUCGUCCUCGCAGAUCAUUCGUCGGUCUUCAGAUCUGUACAUCCCCUGCCAACACAACUCCCACUCUCCCCUUCGAGCGCUCCCGCUCCAAUUCACUCACUUUCAGCCAGGGUCAAACUCCCCACCAGGCUUCGGGCGGGCUAGGUCUCGCCACCUCGCCACUCUCCAUCUCUUCUGGCGCGGCACCUGUACCUCUGUACGAGCGCGGUCCGGGGUCACCCCUUUUCCCGAGUAGUUUCUCAUCCUUGAGCUUGGAGCCGAAUCUCGGUAGGAAGGCAAGUGCGGUGAAUAGGGGUGCCGCUGUACCAAUCAAAGAGGAGUUGAAAGGGUGGAAGCAGGCACAGCAAGCGCACGCUGGGCAUGGCGGUUUGGGGAGGAAGGCUAGUCAAGCCGGGCUGAGUGAGAGCGCUAUCACAUUUGUGAGCGAAAGCGACUGGAGUAACAGCGCCACUUGAGCUGCGGCGUGUACUUUCUCUUACGCCUGUUAUUCAUCCCUAUCGGUCGUCAAAUUGACCCUAUGACUUUGUAUCUAUCAUCUGCACCUUUAGCGAUCAUUGUUGAUGUUCUUGUGUAUUUAUCGCCUCGCCUUUCACUUAUAAAAAGGAUUUGCCUGUAUUGUUUAGUUCACCGUAACGUUUCUGUUGAAGUACAGCGAGAGGUAGGUCUAAAACACGCUUGAUAGAGAGAGACAGGUUUGUCAAUCUUCAUCUAUUUUUGUGAUCGUUUUAUCUCGUUUCAGCCUUAUUGCCACCGUAUAUUGCCGUUUCAAUUUGAAUGCAUGAAUUUGUUUGAAUGCUUUUUCAAACAGUAGCUUUUCCAAGA